AUGGGCGUUCAUCUAGGGCACUUGAGCAACUCCCUGUGGUGGCCACCACCGCUGCUGUUGUUGCUGUCGCUGCUCUGUGGUGCCCCCUGCUGCUGCUGGGGCCGGCCGUUCGGGAUACCCACACCGUCGGUCAACGUGGCGGUUGUUUUCAGUGGUUCUACCUACCAGACAGAGAUCAAGGGGCGGUUAAGCCGGGAGAACUUCAUGGACCUGCCCCUUGAGGUGAACCCGAUCACCGUGCUGGUCAACAACACCAACCCACGCGCCCUGCUCACCCGCAUCUGUGACACGCUCACCGCCAACCGGGUGCAUGGCGUGGUGUUUGAGGACAACAUUGGCUCAGAGGCCGUGGCGCAGAUCCUGGACUUUAUCUCCACGCAAACGGCCGUGCCCAUCGUGGGUAUUAGCGGGGGCUCCACCGUCGUCCUGCCCUACAAGGGUGAGGGCUCCACCUUUCUACAAUUGGGUUCUUCCAUCGAGCAGCAGAUCAACGGCAUGUUUAAGGUGAUGGAGGAGUACAACUGGGACAGCUUCGUGGUCAUCACCAGCCUCUACCCGGGCUACGAAAGCUACGUCGACCACAUUAAGUCCUUCAGAGACACCAGUUAUUUCAUGUGGGACCUGCAGGAUGUGCUGACCUUUGACAUGUCUGCUGAUGGCAUGAAUGACAUCCGGGCUCGCCGGCUGCUGCAGCAGAUUGACACCCAGGUGCUUCUGGUCUACUGUUCCCAUGAGGAGGCCCAGUACCUGUUCACCAUGGCAGCUGAGGCAGGGCUGGUGGGGCCUGGAUACAUCUGGAUUAUCCCCAGCCUGGCUGUGGGGAACCCGGACAUGCCCCCGCCAGACAGCUUCCCGGUGGGCCUCAUCAGCAUCAUCACAGACCGGUGGAGAAUGAGCCUGAGGAAGAGGGUACGGGAUGGUGUGGCUAUUGUUGUGAAAGGGGUACAAAGCUUCAGAAAAUCCAGAGGUUACGUACCCGAGGGCCACAGUGACUGUCAAAACCCAGUCAGGCCAACCACCAAUGACACGCUAUUCAGACACAUGCUUAAUGUAACCUGGGAGCACAAUGACUUCUCCUUCAACAGUAAUGGCUACCUGGUCAAUCCAUCGAUGAUAGUUAUCACACUGGACAGAGAGCGGCAGUGGGACAAGGUGGGCACCUAUGAGAUGGGGAUCCUGCAGAUGAGGUACCCUGUGUGGCCACGAUACGGGACCUAUCUGGAGCCCGUGUCAGACAACCGGCACCUGACGGUGGCCACCCUGGAGGAGCGCCCCUUUGUUAUCGUGGAGGCAGUGGACCCGUUGACUGGCACAUGUGUCAGCAACACAGUUCCCUGCCGUCGACAGUCCAACAAGACUGAGGCUAUUGUAGGUCACACUGAGCCCUACACAAAGUUGUGCUGUAAGGGCUUCUGUAUAGACAUCCUAAAGAAGCUGUCCCGCACCAUUAAGUUUUCCUACGACCUCUACCUCGUCACCAAUGGCAAACACGGCAAGCUGGUCAGAGGAAUUUGGAACGGAAUGAUUGGAGAGGUGUUCUACAAACGGGCGGACAUGGCCAUUGGUUCACUGACCAUAAACGAAGAGCGUUCUGAGAUUAUCGACUUCUCGGUACCCUUUGUGGAGACGGGAAUCAGUGUAAUGGUGGCCCGGAGUAACGGAACCGUCUCUCCCUCUGCCUUUCUAGAGCCCUACAGUCCUGCAGUGUGGGUGAUGAUGUUUGUGAUGUGCCUGACUGUGGUGGCAAUUACAGUGUUUGUCUUUGAAUACUGCAGUCCAGUGGGGUACAACCGUAGCCUGGUCAGCGCCAAAGAUCCCGGAGGCCCCACCUUCACCAUAGGGAAGUCUGUGUGGCUGCUGUGGGGAAUUGUCUUCAACAACUCUGUACCCAUAGAGAAUCCAAAGGGCACCACCAGCAAGAUCAUGGUUCUCGUCUGGGCCUUCUUUGCUGUCAUCUUCCUGGCUUCCUACACAGCCAACCUGGCUGCAUUCAUGAUCCAGGAGCAAUACAUUGAUACCGUGUCUGGACUGAGUGACAAAAAGUUUCAAAAGCCACAGGAGCAGUACCCACCAUUUCGUUUUGGUACCGUCCCAAAUGGCAGCACUGAACGCAACAUAAGGAGCAACUACCCAGAGAUGCACUCCCACAUGGUCAAAUACAACCAGAAGGGUGUAGAGGAUGCCCUUAACAGCCUCAAAACAGGAAAACUGGAUGCCUUUAUCUAUGAUGCUGCCGUGCUGAAUUACAUGGCUGGCAAGGACGAGGGCUGCAAGCUGGUGACCAUUGGCAGUGGGAAGGUGUUUGCUACCACUGGCUAUGGCAUUGCCCUACAGAAGGAGUCUCGUUGGAAACGACCCAUUGACCUGGCCCUGCUCCAGUUUCUCGCUGAUGGUGACACACAGAAACUACAGACUGUCUGGCUCACAGGCAUCUGCCGUAAUGAGAAGAAAGAGGUGAUGAGCAGUAAGCUGGACAUUGACAACAUGGCGGGGGUCUUCUACAUGCUGUUAGUGGCCAUGGGUCUCAGCCUGCUGGUCUUCGCCUGGGAACACCUGCUCUACUGGAAGCUACGGCAUUCAGUUCGCAAGUCAGAACGCCUGGACUUCCUGCUUGCCAUCAGUAGAGGCAUCUACAGUUGCUUCAAUGGGGUGGAGGAAACUGACCACAAUGGAAACAUGCAGAACCCUGAUGUCACCACCAACUACACACAAGCCAACAUGCUUAAGAUGCUAAAGACAGCUAAGGACAUUGUGUCCUCCGCCAGAGUGGAAAACUCCCUGGACAAUGCCACCAAGACCAUAGAAAACUGGAGCCGGCGCGGGGCUGACAAUGUGCGGGCUGGCCUGCCACCCAGAGUAGCAACCACAGACAUGAGCCACAGUCACCUGCCUUACAUCUCCAGCAUCACAGACAACCACUCACCCUAUCCCCAGAGAGCUCUCACCCCUACCUUCUCAGUCCAUUAUGGGGACAGUGCCGCCCAGCCUCUGCUCGAUAAGCCCAGGGUGGUGACACGGCCCACCCCGCUCCGCUACACUCUGCCCACCCGCAGCAGUCAGCAUGCCUUUGAGAGGACCCUGCCUAUCUCCAGCCUCAGCAGCCCCCACAUCGCCAUGAGAGAGCCUGCUACCUCCAGUAUGUCUAACCCCCACCACAGCAGCAGGCUCUAUGUGGAGAAUCCGGCACGGCACCCCACCUCCUCAUUCAUCCCUUACAGGGAGUUCCAGGUGCCAGAUAUCUACAUGGAGCACAAGGGGCCACUGAGGAGGAAGUUCAGCUACCCCCCUGACUGCAUGAGCCGGAAGAAGAGGUCCCAUAGUUAUGUGUUGGAUGCUGUAGACCCCAGGGUGAGGAAUGAAUAUGAUGAGCCCACGGCCUGUCUCGCUGAGCUGAGAGCAAACCACCUCCUCAACAACCAUGCCACAGCUGCUGCAGCUAUGGCCUGUGGUGGAGGUCACUACACUGGUGGCAGCACCAGCUGCAAUUCCUGUAUGAAGUCCUACCUGGAGCCCGAGAUGGACGACGUGCCCCUGCUGGGGAAAGACAAACUCAAUCGCCGUGCCUCUUUCCUCAAAGCCACAUGGGGCAGCGACCGCAUACGACAGGUGGACGAGACUAAGCCCUCCACAUCAGCCACAUCUGCCUCCACCUGCAUGGACAUGCCGGAUCUUUUCCCACGUGUUAUGGUGGCCAAUCCCAAGCCCCCCAAAUUCUACGGUAGCCUGGGGAAUGACCUAUCCUGCUAUCCCCUCACUGCUGAGCCCGCCUACCUGGACCCGGCCCACAUGGGCUCCUACCCCUACAAGCAGAAGCUUAAAUAUUCUGAGUCCACAAGGCUUCCCUCUUACAGAGAAGCCAUUCUCCAGAACGCCGCCUCCCUGCGCCGCUCAUCCUCCACAGUGGUGCACAGACACUACUCCACCUAUCUGAACUCUUACACAGACUUACCAGUGUACAUGGGGCCACUGGUCCAGGGACCGGCCCAGUUUUACGAUGGUUCCAAGAACAUCCACUUGUUUCCCUGCAGCGGCCACUGCCCUGAUAAAGCUACCCUGGUGCCUCGUAUGGGGGACAGACAUGCAGUGUAUCAGAACAGUUUGUUCGGGCCUUAUGAUAACGCAGGGAAGCGAGGGGACCCAGGGUCUGGGGGCAGGGAACGAAGGCAGGUUUUGGUUGCACGCAGAGUCAACAGUCCCUAUGUGCCAAAGCCCUGGGGCAGGGUAUCCAGUCUGGAGUCUGAGGUUUGA